GAGCCAGGCUUGGGGGGCUUCUUUGGGGGCUCCUUCCCUCCUCCUCCUCCUCCUCCACCUCCUGGGCAGCCCCUUCGAGGGAGCCGGCCAGGAGCUCUCCGCCCCGCGCCCGCCAGGAUCUCGUCCCCUCCGCCGAUGAUGGGCUCGGUGCUGCCCGCGGAAGCCCUGGUGCUCAAGAGCGGCCUCAAGCCGCCCAGCCUCUCCCUGGCCGAGGUCAUCACGUCGGACAUCCUGCACAGUUUCCUCUACGGCCGCUGGAGGAACGUGCUGGGCGAGCAGCUCUUCGAGGAGAAGGCCGGCGCGGGCGGCGGCAGCCACGGCAACCCCAAAACUGCCUUCACGGCCGAGGUGCUGGCGCAGUCCUUCUCGGGAGAGGUCCAGAAGUUAUCCAGUUUGGUGCUGCCUUCGGAAGUCAUCAUCGCUCAGAGCUCCAUUCCAGGAGAAGGGCUGGGCAUCUUCUCCAAAACCUGGAUCAAAGCGGGCACCGAGAUGGGACCUUUCACAGGCAGGAUCAUCUCGCCAGAGCACGUGGAUCUUUGCAAAAACAACAACCUGAUGUGGGAGGUCUUCAAUGAAGAUGGCACCGUCCGCUAUUUCAUUGACGCCAGUCAAGAGGACCACCGAAGCUGGAUGACAUACAUCAAGUGUGCAAGGAACGAGCAAGAACAGAAUCUGGAGGUGGCCCAGAUUGGCAACAGCAUCUUCUAUAAGGCCAUUGAGAUGAUCCCUCCAGACCAAGAGCUGUUAGUCUGGUAUGGAAAUUCCCACAACACUUUCCUGGGGAUUCCUGGCGUGGUGGGCCUCGAAGAGGAGCAGAAGAAGAACAAGCAUGAAUUUGGGCAUGAUCCGUCCCCCCCUGUAGGCGCAUCUGCUCCGGGCGCAAGGAGCUUGCAAGAGGACUUCCACGUGGCCGAAGCCGGCGCCAGCACCACCGGGCGCAUGCGCUGCGUCAUCUGCCACCGCGGCUUCAACUCCCGCAGCAACCUCCGCUCCCACAUGCGCAUCCACACCCUGGACAAGCCGUUCGUCUGCCGCUUCUGCAACCGCCGCUUCAGCCAGUCCUCCACGCUGCGCAACCAUGUGCGCCUGCACACCGGCGAGCGCCCCUACAAGUGCCAGGUCUGCCAAAGUGCCUACUCCCAGCUGGCCGGCCUGCGGGCCCAUCAGAAGAGCGCCCGGCACCGGCCCCCCAACGGCGCCCUGCAGUCCCACUCGCCCGCCUUGCCGGUGCCGCACCCCACGUCUCUGGCCCACCACAUCCCCACCAUGGUGCUGUGAGGACGGCGGGCUGGCGAUGAGACUGCAGACUGGGUGGCCACCAGCCCACGGGUGUCCGGGGACAGGGAACGGGGACGCAGGCGACCGCUCUUUGCGAUGGGAGCAAAAAUGGCACCUCUGGGUAAGGCCAGGCCGGCCGACACCUCCACACCCUGCUCGUGAGGUUCCCAGGGGGUCUCUAGCCAGAAAUAGGGUGCUGAGUUAGACGAACCUCGGGCCCGAUCCAGCAGGGCGGUUCUUGUGGACAGCAAAGGGGAGUCGAGGAGCAGGCCGGGCUGGGGAGGGGGGAGACAUCUCCACCAUGCUCCUCGGAGGUCUCCACAGAUUGGCCCGACUGCGUGGUUGGGUGGCAAGGGGGGAGUCUUUCCCAGGUUCUGACCAGGGUCCUUCCCAUGCAGCCUAGGGGCGCCCCCAUCCCUCUUUGGAGUGUCUUAUGGCAGGGAGCCUUUAGGGCUGAAGAGUCCUAGGGAAAGAGCUCAAAGGAUGAGCGCAAAGAAGCCAGCCCAAAGGAAGGAGAGGAGUGCUGGUCUGGGGGUAGCAAGCGUGACUUGCCCCUUUCGCUAAGCAGGGUCUGCCCUGGUUGCAUAUGGAAGGGAGACUAGAAGUGUGAGCACUGGAAGAGAUUCCCCUCCAGGGGAGGGAGCCGCUCUGGGAAGAGCAGAAGGUGCCAAGGUCCCUCCCUGGCAUCUUCACGAUAGGGCCGAGAGAGACUCCUGCCUGCAACCUUGGAGAAGCCGCUGCCAGCCUGUGAAGACAAUACUGAGCUAGAUAGACCGACUCCGUAUAUGGCAGCUCCCUAUGUUUCUAAAACACACCCCUUUGGGCCUGUAUAAUGAGCGAGCAGAGCAGUGGGGCGAGCGAGGGCAGACCCCGACUCUGCAGUGCCGCCUUUCUGUAUCUUCCUCGCCUCUUCCUGGUCGCCUCUCGUAUCGUGGGAUGUGAUGUCACUGCCUGGGGUGAGUGCCGCUUCGCCCUCCCCUCCCCUCACUGGCUGCUGGCAUUGCAUUAUGAUGCAUUGUGUUGGGAGUAGAGCGGCCACCACUCAGUGGGAGGGCACACGACUGGCAUGUUGAAGGCCCCAGGUUCAACCCCUGAGAUCUCCAGUGAGGUAUUCUGUUACGAGAAGUCAAGGACAUGCAAACCUAUACCCACUUUACCUGAGAGCAAGCCCCUGAGAAUUCAAUGGGACUUCCUUCUGAGUAGGUCUGCUCCAAACAUCCAGAUGGGUGAAUGGAACCCAUUAAGUGGCUGCCCUUUUAUACUAACUGGAAAUAGGUUCAGGGGCUGCAACCCUGCCCGUCCCAGCAGCACUGCACCACGAUUCCUAAGCUCCUGAGCCUCUGCCAGUCAGAGCAGAUGGGCCAAUCGGCUGACUCGUGCCAAGGCAGUAUGCACCUAGGUUAUCGGGCUGGCCCAUAGCUCAGGGGUCGUGCACACCUGGUUUGCCCGCAGAAGGUCCUAGGCGCAACCCCCAGCAUCUCCAGCUAAAGAAUCCAGGGGAGGUGAUGAGGAAAUCUCCUUCCCAAAACGAUGGUGAGUCACUGGCAGCGUUGAGCUAGAGAUGAACCAAUGGCCUGAUUCAGGAUGAGGCAGCUUUGGCUGUGUUCGUCCAGACGUUAGUGACUGGGGAGAGGAGAGAAAAGGGUGUCGGCCGGCAGCAGUUUUUGUGUCUCUUAGAGCAUCUCGUUCCGGGGUUCGGAAACUGGGGUCCAGGUGGGCUUGUGGUCGAGAGCAUGAAUUGUCCUCUUUGCUAAGCAGGAUUCACCUUGGUUUACAUCUCGAUUGGUUUAUUAUUACUAUUACUUCAAUUUCUAUACCGCCCUUCCAAAAAUAGCUCAGGGCAGUUUACACAGAGAAAAAAUAAAUAAAUAAAUAAAUAAAUAAAUAAAUAAAUAAAUAAAUAAGAUGGCUCCCUGUCCUCAAAGGGCUCACAAUCUAAAAAGAAACACAGGAUAGACACCAGCAACCGUCACUGGAGGGAUGCUGUGCUGGGGGCGGAGAGGGCCAGUUACUCUCCCCCUGCUAAAGAAAGAGAAUCACCACAGUCAAAGGUGCCGCUUUGCCCAGUUAGCAGGGGUUUGCAUCUACAUGUGCUGCUGUAAGAUAUUCCCCAGGCAGGGUGGGGCCAUAGCUCGUUACAGAACAUGUUUGCAUCCAGAAGGUCCCAGGUUCGAUCCCUGGCAGCAUCUCCCGGUAGGGCUGGGAAAGACUCCUGCCUGAAACCUUGGAGCGCCGCUGCCAGCCAGUGUUGACGAUACUGAGGUUUGCUGACCCAAAAACGGAGGCUCUGCUUGUGUGCUGCUAAAGGGGUCGGUUCUCUCCAGCCCACCCCACAACGAUCAUGCCAACAAGCCUUCUGUGUUGUACAAAUGUAUUCCACGGAGGUAUGAAGCUUAUCUUCCAAAAGACAAUUCACCACCUGCAACGGUCCCCGAUAAGACUUUAUUAAAGUGUUACCUCCAUACAGUUGUGAUUACCAGGGACAAAGAAACGUGACUGUCCUCAUCCCCCAAAUGCAGGCCACGUUGCUCCUGAGAGGCCCACCCCGAAGGAAAAGGUUCUUUUGUAAAAUACAAUUUUUUAAAAAAUGCCUAUGAUGAUGAUGCUAAUAAUAUCUGUUCCUAUUGUAAGGAUAAGAUGAAUAGAGUUGUCACAAACGGUGUCUUCUUUCCAGGAAAUGAUUGUCACUUUAACCCUGUACAUAAAUCAUGUAAAACGCUAUUUACAAAACUUUGAUAUUAUAUACUAUUUGACUGCAUUAUGUACACAGCUGUAUAUAUCUUUGUACCUCUCUUUCGCUCUUGUAUUCUAAAUUUAAAAAACAAAAAAUCCAGGCAAAAAUAUGAAAACACUUUAAAGCUGCCUGAAGAUACAAUAAAAGAAUUCCUAUUCCCCAGGGAAGCUGAAAGACACUGUAUCAAAAAUAUGAAUUCAUGCCUUUCCAUCUACGUGUACAACAACACU